UACCUCCCUCUCUCGCUCCGCUCGCAUCUUUCUCUCGAGCGGGGGAGAGUGUCAAAGGUGGCCGCGUGCGCGUGGGCGUGGGCGUGGGCGUGGGCGGAUAGUCAGUCAAGUUCAGUUGGCGUAGGGUAAGCGCAAAUACCUCCAACCAAUCGUCGCAAAGCCGGAUCUUCGUCAUCUCCCUUGGUCUGUAGCUCUCGCACGUCGGUGGCGGGUGCUGUUUGAGACAAAAUCGAUUGAGAUCGAUCGGUGGAUUCAAUUCAAUGGACUUGAUGAUGAUUGAGAAGAGGCCGAAGACGAAGAUAGUUUGCACGCUGGGACCGGCAUCGAGGUCGGUUCCGAUGAUAGAGAAGCUGCUGAGAGCGGGCAUGAACGUUGCUCGCUUCAACUUCUCUCAUGGUUCCCAUGACUACCAUCAGGAAACCCUUAACAAUCUCCGCGCAGCCAUGGAAAACACCGGUAUCCUCUGCGCUGUCAUGCUCGACACCAAGGGUCCAGAGAUUCGAACAGGAUUUUUGAAAGACGGACAGCCCAUCCAACUUAAACAGGGUCAAGAGAUCACCAUCUCCACUGAUUAUACCAUCAAGGGUGAUGAGAACAUGAUCUGCAUGAGCUAUCCAAAAUUGGCCGACGAUGUGAAGCCAGAUAGUGUGAUACUCUGUGCAGAUGGCACAAUCACAUUUACUGUUCUGUCUUGUGACAAGAAAAAUGGUUUGGUUAAAUGCCGUUGUGAGAAUACAGCCGUUAUUGGUGAGAGAAAGAAUGUCAAUCUCCCAGGGGUAAUUGUGGAUCUUCCUACUUUGACUGAGAAGGACAAGGUUGAUAUCUUAGAAUGGGGAGUUCCUAAUAAGAUUGACAUGAUUGCACUAUCUUUUGUACGCAAAGGUUCUGACCUCGUGGAGGUUCGGAAAGAGUUGGGCGAGCAUGCAAAGAAUAUCCUCCUCAUGUCGAAGGUUGAAAAUCAAGAAGGGGUGGCAAAUUUUGAUGAAAUCCUUGCAAAUUCAGAUGCCUUUAUGGUUGCAAGAGGUGAUCUGGGAAUGGAAAUUCCAAUUGAAAAGAUAUUCUUAGCACAGAAAGUGAUGAUCUACAAGUGCAAUAUCCAAGGCAAGCCUGUUGUAACAGCUACCCAGAUGUUGGAGUCAAUGAUCAAAUCUCCAAGGCCGACUCGGGCAGAGGCUACUGAUGUCGCCAAUGCAGUUCUUGAUGGGACAGACUGCGUAAUGCUGAGCGGCGAAACAGCUGCCGGGGCUUAUCCGGAGCUUGCAGUUCAAACUAUGGCCAAAAUCUGUGUAGAAGCAGAGAGCACAAUUGAUUAUGCAGAUGUUUUCAAAAGGAUUAUGGCAAAUGCACCUGUGCCUAUGAGCCCAUUGGAGAGCUUGGCCUCGUCUGCAGUGCGAACAGCCAACUCGGCAAAAGCAUCUCUUAUAUUGGUCCUAACCAGAGGAGGAAGUACUGCAAAACUUGUGGCUAAGUACAGGCCAGGGAUGCCAAUACUUUCUGUGGUGGUCCCUGAGAUCAAGACUGAUUCAUUUGAUUGGUCAUGCAGCGAUGAGUCUCCGGCUAGACAUAGCCUUAUAUUCAGGGGGUUGGUCCCUGUUCUGUGUGCAGGGUCUGCUAGAGCUUCCCGUGAAGAAUCAACAGAAGAAGCAUUGGAGUUUGCCCUGCAACAUGCUAAAGGGAAGGGAUUGUGCAAAGAAGGAGAUGCUGUUGUGGCUCUUCACCGGAUUGGGACUGCGUCCAUAAUCAAGAUAGUUACAGUGAAGUAGAGAGCGGGGAGAGAUGUUGGCGAUGGUAAAUUUCUUCAGCUAGCCUUGGUUGAUCUUGGAAGGAAGGAAGGAAGGAUCAUCAGGUGAAGGGUACGUGCUUCUGGGUUUGGGUUUUUUGUUUCUUAUUUUUAAUUUUUUGCCCACUGAGUUUGUCUUUUGGUAAAAGGGCAUGUCAUCAACAACGAUUUCUACAACUCUUUGUGAGAUUUGAACUUGGGGGGUGGCUCUGCCACAGUUUUACUGUGUUGGACGGUAAUGGUAUGUGAUUGGCAUUGCAGCUGGCAUGUUGCAUACCCUCAUCCUCAUGGAACUGAUAAUAAUCAGCAAAAUUUGAGUCAGUAUGCAUGAAUGAUUGUUUGUUA